GUUUUUGUUUUGUUGUUGAGAUGAGACACAAGCGCGCCUUCGCCCCUUGUGCUCACUCUCAUCUAGCACCCAUCAAAGCCUGACCAGGGAGUCAGUUGAUAAGAAAAUCUAUCUACAUUUCUCUUUCCAGAGCUCGCUCGGGCCUACCGAUCUCACAGCAGUGUAGACCAACCUCUGUGAUAGAGCGGUGACAGCAGUGUAACCUCUGUGGUAGACUACAAAGUCUACGAGCUACAGCAGCACCACCACCUCCGCUGCUGCAGGACGCCACAUCUUGUAAGGUUAUGAUCCUCGCUUUACGCGAACACUAGGAGCUGCGGACGUCACGACGGAGGUCAAGACAUCCUACUGCUGUGGACUACAACAUCCGUCUGUGGACUUCGAGCGAAAAUCUGGAUUCGGAGAUUUGGGAGAUCAUCAACGGUCAGCUGAAACGAAAGUGAGCGCACUACUUGGUCAUCUACACCAAGGGGCUGAGAGUUCAUUAUACACACACGUUACCACUGCUGCAACAGCAGUAGUGGGUACCUCUGUGGUGAACAAACAGCAAAGUGUUGCGCGGGAAGCCUCGAUUUAGACAUUGAGCAAAUACUUCUGCGGCGGAGACAGGAGGGAAGACUGUAUCAACAGCGAAAGUCGACCGGGAACCGUAGUCCUAUUCACCGAUUCCCGAAGUUAGGAAGGGUAUCAGGAGCGGGGUCGCAAACUGGCCUACAGCCGGAGUUCUAUUCACCAAUUCUCUAUCUAGGCGAGAAAAGGGUUUCAGAAGCGGGGUCACGAAUCGGCAACCGGAGUCCUCUAUAUCAAUAGAAGGAGCGGGGCUGGAAAAAUCUCAGCGACAGAUAGCUGAGUAAUACACCAACAAAAAUACAAGACGAGAUCAUCAGGAUAAAACCAGAAAUGGAAGCAAAAUCGGGAACUGGAGGCGGAGGCAGCAUCUGGAGUGAUGGAUCCACAAACCUGGCCAACGUCAUCAGAGGACUCCCCAAGUUCGAUGGAACGAAACCAGAGGACUUCAACGACUGGGUGAAGAAGUUGGGUGUAGUCGUCGGCAUUACUCGGAGGGACAUCAUGCCACUUCUCAAGGGAAUGCGCAGGCCUGAUCCCUCGGACACCACCUUCGCCGCAUACGAGAGAGCAAACGAAGACCUCUACCCAAUCCUAUUCUGCCUCGUCGAACUGCCGGCUGCACUAACCGUACACAAGCACGAAGACGACACCGGCCUUAGCGGCGACGGGCAGGCAGCAUUCGCGGAACUGAAGGCCAACUACAAUCGAGUGACAGAUGAAGUGAUCAGGGCUAAACUGGACGACCUGGAAAGGACGGUCAUGGAGCCAGGAGAGAACCCGGACGAUUUUUUCAACAAGAAACACCGCCUCCGCUCUCAACUAGAGAAAAUGGGGGAAACCAUCUCCGAUCGCCGCUUCAAGGCAAUCUGUGUGCAAGGUUUCUCCGAGGACUACAAGGACAUCAAGAUGAUGGUUUUCCGCGACCCAUCAUUCGACGUACAACAGAUGCAAGCCACCAUGCGCAAGAUCUUCCUUUACGAGCAAAUGCGCAAGAGAACCAAAGGCCAAAUCGCUGGCCGCGUAUUCGCCAUGGCUACCAAGACAUCUGGCCCCAUCUACUUCCAGUUCAACGAACCGGGACAUGUCAGGAGGAAAUGUCCCAAUCGCCAGCGGGAGGGCCAUACGGCAAAGAAGACGAAGCCUGCGGGAGCAACCAAGUGGUGCUCCGUCCAUAACACCACUACACACUCCGACGAAGAGUGUUACAACCAAGGAGCCAAGCGACCAGAGCGCACGGCCAAGGUCUUUUCUGCAUGCACACACUGCGUGCACUGCUCAACCCGGUCAGAAGACACACACGCCAAGCCUACCACAACGGAAACUCCCAAAGAAACAGAGAAGACCGAGAAGGCAGAGAUCGACUUCUCUUACGACGAAGAUGCAUUCAAGGGUGAAUUCAUGUACCAUGCUACAUGCAGCAAGGGAAGCGGACGCACUUUCACGACAACUGCAACUGGGACUUCAGCGCUGGUGGAUUCUGGAGCUUCUGAGACCAUGUUCGACAACCGCCUCAUCCCGAAUGGACGUCUCGAAGAAGAACGCCCGACGCCCAAGAUCAUCGACGUUGCAGGAGAAAGCCAACUACGAGGCACUACCACUGGGAUCCUACACUGCACCAUCAAAGACGACAAAGAACAGCAACUACCCGUCAAGCUAUCAGGUCUCAUCGUGCCAGGACUAGGCCAGAACAUCUUCGCACCAACGGCCCUCCUCAAGGAGGGCCUCCGGUGUGUCCUGGAAGACAAGACCCCACACCUCACCAUCGGCGGAGAAGUCNCACCAACGGCCCUUCUCAAGAAGGGCCUCCGAUGUGUCCUGGAAGACAAGACCCCACACCUCACCAUUGGCGGAGAAGUCGUCGUUCCUCUGAAACAAGAGACUCAAGACCAAGGCAUGUGCACCCUCGCCAUCACAUUCAAGGGCGAUCCAGCGUCGACAGGCAAGAUACCCCCGAACAACCAAGAACCAGGGCGCAAGCCGAAGUUCGGAAAACCANAAAUUUUGCGGCGCAACUCCGCCACAGCGAAGAGCGUGAGCUCCGACCUCUGGCACCGGCGCCUCGGCCCCAUCAAUUCAAGUGCUAUGGAAAUUUUGCGGCGCAACUCCGCCACAGGUGUGAAAUAUGACGGACCUGUAUCCCCGUGCAACAACUGCCGCAUCAUGAAGCACAAGAAGGCUCCCGUCCCGGUGAAGACCAGCCGUGCCCUGACCAAACCAGGCCAACUUGUCCAGUUCGACACAAUGGGACCAAUCGACGCGCCUGCGAAGUACAACGGACGCACCUACUCCUAUGUCGCCAAAGCGACCGACGUCUUCACCAGAAUGCGGGAAGUGUACCUACUGCGCGACAGGACCGAAACCACGCAAGCUCUGCACGCCUACAACAUGCAAGUAGCAUCUGAAGGCUACCGCAUCGAGGUUCUACGUUGUGACAAAGGCGGAGAGAACACUGGGGAAGAAAUGCGCAACUACUGUAGGGAGUCUGCGAUCAAGCUGGAAUUCGCCGCGACCAACACGCCCCAAGAAAUCGGAGUGUCAGAAAGGGAUGGCCAGACACUUGCGGCUGUGACUCGAGCUCUACUGCGCGAUGGAGACUUCCCAAAACACAUGUGGGGGGAGCUCAUGAUGACUGCAGCAUACCUGACCAACAGGACCCCACACGCGGCGCUAGGGGGAGCCACGCCGUAUUCCAAGAUGUACAACACAACCCCGGACCUUUCUCGACUUCGUGCCAUCGGCGCCCGCGCGCAAGCUCUGCGGUUACGGACCUGACAGCAAGACGUACCGGAUCUACGUGG